CGCAGCCCAGAAGAUGACGAGGCUUCCUCGCAGGGUUUGACGUCCUCCGAAGCGUGGCUACGCGAUCCAAGCGGAGCGGCGCAACGACUUGGCCUCGCCGCCCCCAAACAGCGGGGCGAGGAAAGGGGGCGGAGAGGGAGAGAGAAAAUAACAACCUCGCGGCGAGGCUUCUCCGUGGGACGGCGAGAGAGGAUUUUUUUUGCCGCGGGGUGGCGGCGGGAAGGAAGAAGCCGAAGACCUCGUGGACCGUGAAAACCACCCACGGCCGGCCCUUUAAAUUUCCCGGCCGGAGUUGGGGGGCAGGCCUCGGAGAAGAUGGCGGCGGUUUGAGAGGCGAGAUGGAACCGCCCGGUCUUGGCGGUGCUCUUGCGACGUGAAGCCUCCUCGGGCAGGACUUGAACAGACGAGUCGGGAGGCUCUUUCUGACCACUAGCCGAGACCCCGGACGGGGUCUCCUUUCCCUCUCAAGCAGGCUUAUUGUGCGGGUUCCCCGUCCCCCCCGUCCCCGCUUUCAACUCUCUCUGACAUUCAGUGACAGCUUCGGCACGCCCCUUUCUGGAGUUCCUGACUGGUGGGGCUGUCGACCGUCCUCCCCACCCCCCGCCAUCCAUUUUCUGUCCUCUUGAACAGACCCGCGUCUGGCAGCUCCCGAAGACCCGUUUUGUGACUUCCUGGCUCCCGUCCUCCAGCCCUCGCAUCUCCUUCCCUGCACUUCCCAUCGACUUCCCCCCCCCCUCCUCCUCCUUUCUCUCUCUCCUUGGCCAUCAUGCCUUGGCCUUUCUCGGAGUCGAUCAAAAAAAGGGCCUGCAGGUAUCUGCUGCAGAGGUACCUGGGGCACUUUCUCCAGGAGAAGCUCAGCUUGGAGCAGCUCACGCUGGAUCUUUACCAAGGCACAGGCUGCUUGGCCCAGGUGCCUCUAGACAAAUGGAGCCUGAACGAGAUUCUGGAAUCUGCAGAUGCUCCAUUGGAAGUUACUGAAGGAUUUAUUCAGUCAAUAUCUCUGUCCAUUCCUUGGGGCUCUUUGCUUCAAGAUAACUGUGCCCUUGAAGUAAAGGGCUUAGAGAUGGUCUUCAAGCCAAGGCCAUGUCUAGCUUCUAGUUCAGAACCAAUGUAUUGGUCAAGCUUUAUGACGAGUAGCAUGCAGCUUGCAAAGGAAUGUCUUAGUCAAAAACUGACAGAUGAACAAGGAGAAGGGUCCCAGCCUUUUGAAGGACUUGAGAAAUUUGCCGAAACAAUUGAAACAGUUUUAAGAAGAGUGAAAAUCAAUUUUUUAGACACUGUUCUGAGAAUUGAACAUGUGCCAGAUAAUUCUAAAAGUGGAACAGCACUGGAAAUUCAUAUUGAGAAAACAGUGUACUGUGAUGAAACUGCUGAUGAAUGUUCUGGAAAUGUGCAUCAGCCCACAGCUUUUGCUCACAAAUUAUUACAGCUGUCAGGCGUUUCUUUCUUCUGGGAUGAAUUUCAGGCAUCAGCAAAAUCCUCUCCAGUCUGUUCCACUACACAGUUGUUAACAGAACCAAAGCUUUCACCUAGCUGGAAUCCAAAAAUUAUGUACGAGCCACAUCCUCAACUAGCACGAAACCUACCUGAAGUUUCUCCUUCAGAUCCUGUGCAAAUAUGUAAGUUGAUUGGAAGGAUGGAACUGAGUCUUACAUUAAAACAAAAUGAAGUGCUUCCAGGAGCAAAGUUGGACGUAGAUGGACAAAUAGAUUCCAUACACCUGUUCCUGUCACCAAGACAGGUACAUCUUUUAUUGGAUAUGUUUGCAGCCAUUGCCAGACCAGAGAAUCCUGGCAGAAUAGAAUUAUCUAAUAAAGACAGAAAAAAUCGGCCAAUGCAGCAGGAAGAUGAGUAUCGGAUUCAGAUGGAGCUCAAUCGUUACUUGAGAAAAGAAACUUUGCCAGUAGGCACACAGUCUGAUCUGAGUUUUUAUGAAGCUGAGGCAGCUAGAACUCCUUCAAGUCGUGAAGAAGAGGUUUUUUUCUCAAUGGCUGACAUGGAGAUGUCUCACAGUCUUUCUUCAUUGCCACCUCUUGGAGAACCACCAACCAUGGAUUUGGAUCUUUCUUUAACUAGUACAUAUACUGCUACCCCAGCAGGAUCUCCACUUGGUGCUGCAGUGCAGACAGCAUGGGGAGAAUUUGAUCAAAGCAAGCAGGAAAUGCCACAGUUAAGAAAUGCAUCAUUUACACCUAACACUGAUCAUUCAGUUCCACUACGAAGGACUCCUCUUCCAUCCAGAUCUAUUUCAGUGGAUGAGUCAAAACCUGAACUUCUUUUUAGGCUAGUAGUGGGUGCUUUCUCGGUGUCCGUGCUCCAUAUUGAUCCUUUACCACCACCUGAAACUUCACUAAACAUUAGCCCGCUAACAUCAAUGGCACAGGAUUUUUUUACCCAGAUAGAAAAAAUUGAUCCAGCUCAGAUUCCCACAGAAGAUUUUUUGUUGCUUCGAAAAGUAUUUGCAAAGGCUUGUUCACAUGACCACCUUCGAUUUAUAGGUACAGGCCUCAAAGUAUCCUAUGAGCAGCGACAAAGAUCAACCUCUCAUUGUUUGAAUACAGACUUAUCUAUUGGACAGAUGGAACUUCUGGAAUGCCUGUUUUCUACAGACUCCCAUUCCCAAAUUCCUCACUAUACAGAGCUCCUUAGGUUUAACUCUGAAAAACAAGAAAACAAGUUACAUUCUCCCUCAUGCCUUCAACUUCAUUACAAGCACUUGGACAACAAAGGGCCUCAGGGUAGCCAGGGGAGACUGAGCUCUGUUCCCCAGAAAGCAGAUUUACAAGUCAAGCUGAGUCCAGCAUUCUGUGAAUUGGAUAUUAGCAUUGUAGACAGACUAAAUUCAUUGCUUCAACCGCAAAAGCUAGCCACAGUGGAAACUAUGGCAUCCCAUAUGUACACUUCUUACAACAAACAUAUUAGCCUGCAUAAGGCAUUUGCUGAAAUUUUUCUGGAUGAUUCACGUACUCCCACUAAUUGCAAAGUAUCGAUUCAAGUGACUGCACCAGCGCUGAAGCUUUCGGUUCGCUUCCCAAUACCUGAUCUACGAUCAGAUCCAGAACGAGGACCAUGGUUUAAAAAAUCACUUCAGAAAGAAAUUCUUCAAUUAGAAUUCUCAGACACAGAACUUAAAACGGAAUUUACUGGCGGGCCAUCUUCAGAGGAAAUUCAAAUAGAACUCACUUUUAAAGAACUAACUGGGUCAUUUGAAGAGAACAAAGAUCAAUGUGCUACACAGUUUUUAAAAGUUUCUAGUGGUAUUCUUGGAGAAAUGGUUUCAUCAGACAAUUUUGACUGGCCACGGAUUGUACUGAAAAUAAACCCACUUGCUGUACACUCCAUUUUGGAAAGAAUGGCUCCAGAGGAAGAGGAGGAAAUUGAUGGUCAUUUUCAUGAGGAAGAAGGAGGAUGUCAAUCCCUGAAGGAGCUGUGUGAUCUUAGAAGACCAGAACCAUCUCCCUUUUCCUCUCGUAGAGUAAUGUUUGAGAAUGAAGAGAUGGUGAUGCCAGGAGAUGCAGUGGAGAUGACUGAGUUUCAAGAUAAAGCAAUCAACAAUUCCCAUUAUGUGUUAGAACUCAUGUUGCCAAAUGUUUAUUUAACAUUACCAAACAAGAGUUUUUAUGAGAAACUUUACAAUAGGAUUAGCAAUGAUCUACUAUUGUGGGAACCCACAGCUCCCUCUCCUGUAGAAACAUUUGAGAAUAUCUCAUACGGUGUUGGGAUUUCAGUCGCCAGCCAGCUGAUCAACACAUUUAGUAAAGACAGUUUUAGUCAGUUCAAAUCUACUAUUCAUUAUGAUGAUGAGAGUGGAUCUGAGGAAGAAACAUUACAGUAUUUCUCCACUCUUGAUUCUAAUUAUUGUUCCCGGAGAAGGAAAAAAACUGAAUUGCAAAACAGAAGCACACAGAAUUUUCUUUCACUUUUUUUAAAUAUAAACCAUGGAUUAUUAUCAAUAUUCACAGAUAUCAAGCAGGAUGAUGGAAGAGUAUUCGAAGACAAACAUGGAGAAUUUUGGUUUGAAUUUUGUAAUGGUUCUUUAUUUUGUGUAACCAAGUACGAAGGUUUUGAAGACAAACAUUAUAUAUGUCUCCAUUGUAAUAGUCUCAACUUAUAUCAUCAAGGAGUGGUAGAAGAGACAGUAUCUCUGUCUGAAAUAAAACUGCCAAGUGCAACACAUCCACAUUGGCUAGAACCUACUGUUUAUUUUUCGGAAGAAGAAGGUUCUAAUACAGCUUUUUCAGACGGUGUAGGAGCAGAAAGCUUAAGCAUGUUGUCAGUUGCCGUUAAAAUACAGUCAAAUAAAUCAGAAACAAAUACAAAGGAGUUUUUAGUUGCAGUUGGGUUAAGAGGAGCCACUCUGCAGCAUAGAGUGCUUCCUUCUGGUUUAAGCUGGCAUGAACAGAUUUUGUAUUUUUUGAAUAUUUCUGAUGAACCUGUAUUGGGAUAUAAUCCUCCAGCCUCCAUUACAACAUUCCACGUCCAUCUCUGGAGUUGUGCUCUGAAUUACAAGCCUUUAUUUUUACCAACUAGAUGUCUUCUUACUGUUGAAACAUUUAGCAUUUCAAGUAGCAUGGCACUGGAUAAAUCAUCUUCUACUCUCAGGAUAAUCUUGGAUGAGGCUGCUUUGCAUUUAUCUGACAAAAGUAAUGCUACUGUGAAUCUCCAAAAAGAUUAUGUUCAAGUUAUGGAUAUGGGACUGUUGGAACUGACCAUAAGGACAGUGAAAUCUGAAUCUGGUGAAGAGAGGAACAAUCCAUAUUUUGAACUACAUUGUUCUAGUGACGUUAUCCACAUUCGAACAUGCUCAGAUUCAUGUGCUGCAUUGAUGAAUCUUAUACAAUAUAUUGCAAGUUAUGGUGAUUUGAAUCCUCCUGCUAAAAUGGAGUGCACUUCUGGAGUGACCAAACAGAAUGUAAAGGCAGAAGCUUCCAGUUGCCCACCUUCUCAAGGGCCAGUUCUUGCUGAAGCUGAUCAACAAAUUUUACGUGAUUUAAUGAGUGAUGCUAUGGAAGAGAUCGAAACCCAGCAGUUGCUUUCCCCCUCUAACCUACAAGCUAAUGGAAGCACAGAUGAAAAGAGUCAAACACCAGUACCAGCAUGUUCAGAUCUUUUCCUAUUUCCUGAUGAAAGUGGGAAUCUCUCCCAAGAGCCAAGCCCCACCUAUGCAUCAUUUACUCCCAACAUGAUUAAUGAAGUUAUAAGAGAUGCACCUUCUGAAAAUGAUGACUUCUGUAUUCUUUUUGCACCAAAGGCAGUUAUUUCUGAUAAGGAAGAAGAGCCAGUAGUGAAAACAAUGGUUGAAGAUGCGAUUAUAAUAAAAGAAAACCAUUUUAGUUUACCAGUGAAAAAGGCAGAUACAAACAAGACACCGCUGCAUUUUCCUGUUCCCCUCAUGCGCUAUGUUGUGAAAGAAAUUUCACUCAUUUGGCAUCUUUAUGGAGGAAAGGAUUUUGGGAACAUAACACCUACAUCUCCAGCUAAAAGUUAUAUUCCUCAGAGUUCUCCAUUUCAUACCCCAACAAGACAUGGACGUAGUACUGCCUGUGGGGGAAAAGGAAGGAAUCCUGAUUUUUUGAUAGAAAUACAGUUAAGCAAGGUGAAAUUCCAACAUGAGGUAUAUCCCUCAGGUGAACCAGAGUGUGAACUCAGCUUAUUAGAACAACCUGUAUCACGUCAAAUAUUUAUGGUUCAAGAUCUUGAAAUCAGAGAUCGCUUGGCUACAUCUCAAAUGAAUAAAUUUCUUUAUCUUUACUGUAGUAAGGAGAUGCCUAGAAAGGCGCAUUCUAACAUGUUGACAGUUAAAGCAUUGCAUGUUCGUCCUGAGUCUGGUAGAUCACCACAAGAAUGUUGUUUACGGGUAUCUUUAAUGCCACUUCGUCUCAACAUUGACCAGGAUGCCUUGUUUUUCUUGAAGGAUUUUUUCACUAGCCUAUCAACAGAAGUAGAAGUCCUAAUGACUCCAGAUCCUGAGGUUAAAAAGCCUCCUGGUCCUGAAGUAACAUGUAUUUUGCCCAGGCAUCAGAGUGGUUUCAAAGAACCAAAUCCAGUCAUUUCUUUUUCAUUACAUAAGCAAUCAAGUCAGAAUGGAAGUGUUGAUUCCGUGGAUAUGCUCAAUGGGGAUGACCAUAACCUCUCACAUGAAGAGGAAUCGUUCAGUGAUCAGCCAAUAUUUUUCAGAGAGUUUCGAUUUACAUCAGAAGUCCCAAUACGUCUUGAUUAUCAUGGUAAACAUGUGUCUAUGGAUCAGGGUACAUUGGCUGGGAUUCUGAUUGGUCUCGCUCAGUUAAAUUGCUCAGAAUUAAAACUGAAGAGACUUUGUUAUCGACAUGGGUUGCUGGGUGUGGAUAAGCUGUUUUCUUAUGCCUUAUCUGAAUGGCUUAAUGACAUCAGAAAGAACCAGUUACCAGGUAUUCUUGGAGGUGUUGGCCCAAUUCAUUCAUUAAUUCAACUAGUUCAGGGCCUAAAAGAUUUGGUGUGGUUACCAAUAGAGCAAUACCGAAAAGAUGGCCGUAUUGUGAGGGGCUUUCAGAGAGGAGCAGCUUCUUUUGGUACAUCUACUGCAAUGGCAGCAUUAGAACUGACAAACAGAAUGGUUCAGACCAUACAGGCAGCUGCAGAAACAGCUUAUGACAUGGUCUCCCCUGGCCCUAGCUUAAAUGAGACAAAGAAGAUCAAACGACUUUCUCGUCGUCUAGCUUACCAGCCUGUGGAUCUUCGUGAGGGUGUGGCAAAAGCAUACAGUGUUUUAAAAGAGGGGAUUACAGAUACGGCACAUACAAUUUAUGAAACUGCUACUCGUGAACAUGAAAACAGAGGGGUAACUGGAGCAGUAGGAGGAGUUCUCCGCCAGAUUCCGCCAACUGUAGUAAAACCGCUAAUAGUUGCAACAGAAGCAACAUCAAAUGUUUUAGGAGGCAUGAGGAAUCAGAUAAGGCCUGAUGUACGUCAGGAGGAGUCUCAGAAGUGGCGUCUUGAAGAGGAUUAA